AUGGCGGAAAUUGCGUCUCCCGCAUCCCCCGUCGAAGCUCGAUCUCUAUCUUCGAUCACAUCGAUAGCUGCAAAUCCCCCCGCAUACCCGCGAAACCCGACGCAGGCAAAACUUGAUCGAGUCGAGUUGUACAUUGUGAAGGUGCCUGGGAGUAAAGAUGUGGUGCUGACUCCAUUAAAACCUCCAACCAAGUCAAUCAUAUCAAUUGAAGCCAUCAAUUCUUCGCUAUAUUACUUGCAUGUGGCUACUGAAGAAGAUGAGGAUUUGUUGCGGUCUAUAGAGUCGGAGCAGAGGGAGCAUCCUCACGAUGCCCCGGCUGCGUCUCGUCUCCCCAGGGAAACUCUCUCGCGCUUGAAUGAUUGUCAUCGAAAGCCUGUAGCUGGACAGGAGCCUACAACAAUACCGCCGCCGCCGCCACCACCACCACACCGAGAAGGGGUCUCGGACGAUCAAGCCCAGUCCGUCAACGAUGACAAUACUCCCCGCAUUCCUCGCAAAAGCGUACAUGACUCCUGCUCCGCGAACACGCAGCCAAAACAGAACCCUAUCUCGAGAGACUUUACAAUCGCUCGACGUCCAGUAUCAUCAGGAAAUGCGACUCUUGUUACACCGACAUCGACUGAACCGAACACGGGGCAGGGGUUCUCAUACGAUGGGCCACCGCCUUCAAUAGAGAAUAUUAGGCCAAAUCAGUCCAAUGUUCAGGAGCAUCUAUCGCCUGGGGAUAUACUCACCAACCAAAAUCUAGGCUCUCCUUUUCGCAUUACCCUCAUUCGUCGCGAUGCCGCCUCCGGCAAUCAAUGGAACGUUGCUACCAUAUCUAGCUCGAGGGAGGACAAGGGCAUCAUACAUGCCGAAAUAUCGAACCCGGGAUAUGGAAAGUUCAUGAAUAAUGUUCGCCUAUCUACGAAUGCUAUGGGUCAGAGCGCCACCAGCACAGCGGGUGAGGGACAAAAUGCGGCAGAGGUCCUGAAGCUGAUGGCUCAAAAUAUGAUGCAUGAUGAGUAUACUAGCAGCAAGAUCUUCUAUCGAGAUAUCACUCCAGUUAAGCACGACCACCAGAGUCACUCACUGUCAGAAGUACUGUUCAAUCGGCAUUCUGGGUCGGCAGACACUCCGAAAAUCUCACAAUAUGUCUCCUCCAAGGUCAACCGAGGAUACUACUCAUUCAAAUCGCCGUGGGGUGGGACUUGUUCGUUUGUGGCCAGCGUGAACGGAGGUAGUCUGAAGUGCAAACAUCUGAUACCUGGUCCAGCAAUGAGUGCCGAAGCGGGUGUCAGUGGUAGUGGACAGAACCCUGAAGUGACUGUCUCAGAGUUACGAUACAACAUUCCCUUUGCCCUUGAACAGUCAUUCCGGCCUUCUUCGAUAUUGAAUAUGAAUGGCAACAGCAAUAGUCUGGGAGAAAAGGGGAAAGGUAAGCGCGCAGCCUUGAGCCAGCUGAUAACUACGAACAUACAAAAAGUACAGCAACAUGCUCGUUCCCGUUCGCAAGGUGGAGCACAUACCCCCAUGUUCUCGACUACACGCGGCAGCGGAGAUGAACAGUCACCUGCAUCGGCAGCCCCUGCUGACGAUGAAGACCGAUUGGACUUUUCGCUGGCAAGAGAACAUGGUGGCGGUGGAAUGAGCGGUAAAAGUGUCAAACUAGGCAAGCUAAUCAUUGAAGAUGAGGGCAUAAAGAUGAUUGAUCUAAUAGUCGCAGCAACGAUGGGUGUUUGGUGGCGAUCAACUUAUCAGCACUCAUAA